AUGUUGGUGGGCCAACUUGGAGACUCCCGGGGUGCUAACCCUCUCCACACUGCUGCGAGGCCGGAGGAGGAGGAGCUACCACAGCCGCCGCCGCCGCCGCCCGCGCCCCGGCCCGCCCCGCCAGCUCAGCGCCCGCGCCGCAGGCCCCGGGGCCCAGCCCGCCGCCGGGCCGCCCGCGUCCCCUGCACUCCGGACCAACAUCGCGCCGAGCAGGCGCCGCCGGGCAGCCCCGCCGCCGGGGUCCUCGCCGAGGAAAGCCCGUCGCCAUGGAGACGGGACGCGCGCCGGCAGCCGUUAGGUCGCCGGGGCGCAGUCGAGGACUGUUUUGGGGAGCCAGGCCGCGACUUCCGGCACCCAACAGCACUAACGGCGAGCCCUUCACGGGCGCGCGAUGCCUCGGCUCGGCCGCCACGGUCGCCACCUCAGCCCUCGCGGGCCGCGCGCCGGGCCACAAACAGCCCCGAAAGCGCAGGUCGCCUAGCGAACGCGCGGGGCGGGGCCGCGGGCCGUCCGGGUAUGUCACAGACAUCCGCUUCCGGGGCCGCGGCCAUCGCGCUCCUCGGCUCGGCAGGCGCGCGAGGCUGUGCACAGGACCAGACUCCAGCCCUUACCGUCCUCGAGUCGCGGCCACCCUCGCUCCGCCGCCCGCCGCCUGCAGUCUGUCGCCCGCCUCCUCAGCCAGUCAUGCUGGAGCACCUGAGCUCGCUGCCCACGCAGAUGGAUUACAAGGGCCAGAAACUAGCUGAACAGAUGUUUCAAGGAAUUAUUCUUUUUUCUGCAAUAGUUGGAUUUAUCUAUGGGUACGUGGCUGAACAGUUCGGGUGGACUGUCUAUAUAGUUAUGGCCGGAUUUGCUUUUUCGUGUUUGCUGACACUUCCUCCAUGGCCCAUUUAUCGCCGGCACCCCCUCAAGUGGUUACCUGUUCAAGACUCAGGCACAGAAGACAAGAAACCAGGGGAAAGAAAAAUUAAGAGGCAUGCUAAAAAUAAUUGAUUGGGCUUUCAUGAUUUGGCUUUACUAUUGCACCUGCUUUUGUUUCAUAUGAGAUGAGCUAAAUUUCAAACCCAAAACAUGGGCUAAAACCCAUCUAUGCUCUUACAGCACAGCUGUCUUAAGAUUUUGUUCUCUUUAUAUUUCACUUCUAACUCAGUUGGGUUUUGAUUUAUAAAUGUUUUAGACCUUCUCUUCAUAAUCUUCCUCUGAAAUGGAGAACAGAAAACACAAGUAUGCAAAGUUUCUUUCAGGUCUACAACAAUAAUGAAUAAAUGAUAGUACAAUCUAACUAUCAAAGUUUUAUAAUUCAUUAUUAGUAGUUAAGCUGUUUUAAUGUUUUCAAUUAAAACUCACAGUGCAAGU